GUCGUGUCCCGCAUGAGCCCGCCCUGACUGCGGCACCGGGGGCUGAGGUGGGCACCGGGCAUCGACCGCAGCUCCCCCCGCCCGGACCCCCGUCCGGCCCCGGCACCGAUCCCGGGGAGCGGCGCGAUGGGCGGGGAGGACGAGAUCGUGCGCAUUGCCAGGCGCCUGGACAAGAUGGUGGCCAAGAAGAACGCGGAAGGUGCAAUGGAUUUACUGAAAGAACUGAAAAGUAUGCCUAUGACUUUGGAUUUACUGCAGUCCACCCGCAUUGGGAUGUCGGUGAACGCACUGAGGAAGCAGAGCACAGAUGAAGAGGUGAUAUCACUUGCCAAAUCCCUCAUCAAAUCUUGGAAGAAACUUCUAGAUGCUUCUGAGGAAAAAAAUGAGGAGAAAAAGAAAAGCCUGUCUUUGCCAACAUCUUCCUCCAGGGAGACUGGUAACUCAAAAGACCAAAGCUCCAACAAAAGGCAGGAGCCUCCAAAGACUCCGACCACCCCUAAAAUCACCACCUUCCCUCCGGCCCCCAUCACCUGCGACGCUGUGCGCAACAAAUGCAGGGAGAUGCUGACAGCAGCUCUGCAGGCUGAUGACGACUACAUCGCCAUCGGUGCUGACUGUGAGCACAUAGCAGCCCAGAUUGAAGAGUGCAUCUACCAGGAUGUGAAGAACACCGACAUGAAAUACAAAAACCGCGUGAGGAGCCGCAUCUCCAACCUGAAGGACUCCAAAAAUCCAGAGCUGAAAAAGAACGUGCUGUGUGGGGCCAUCACCCCCGAGCAAAUUGCGGUGAUGACCUCAGAGGAAAUGGCCAGUAAUGAACUGAAAGAGAUCAGGAAAGCCAUGACAAAAGAAGCAAUCCGGGAGCAUCAGAUGGCCAAGACAGGAGGGACACAGACUGACCUCUUCACCUGCGGGAAAUGCAAGAAGAAGAACUGCACCUACACCCAGGUGCAGACCCGCAGCUCUGAUGAGCCCAUGACCACGUUCGUCGUGUGCAAUGAGUGUGGGAAUCGCUGGAAGUUCUGCUGACAUGUGCCAUGGCCCGAGAGCGGCAGCCAAACGCAGACCCGAGCGCAGCCUCCACACGCCGGCUCCCACGGCAGUUGUGUUUUGUGUCCCAGUGAGUUUGCAUUGUCACACGCUGAGAGCAGCAGUGGGGAGGCCUGAGCCUCGCAGAGAGCCACAGCCCUGGGCUGACAGGUUGGCAGGAGAGCUCACUAAACACACCCAGUCAUUUCUUUCUCAUCUAAGCGAAGUACGGUCACUUUCUCUUCAAAACUAAUAUUAAACAUUUUUGUCAGUUUCUGACUUUUAUUUCAA